AUGGAGGAAGUAGGUUUCGAACGGCCAGAAGUGAAUUCCGAGCCCCUAGCUGGGACAGUGAAAGCCUACGACACGCACGUGUUCCUGGCAUGGGGCCGCGCAUCUGAUUGGCCGGAAGAUCCCUUCGACGCGCAGUACGCAGGAACCUUACCAGUGACACUGGACAAGGCCAUCAAGGCAGCAAAAGCUGACAUCAAGUCCAAGGUGCGGCUAACGCUGGUUGAGGCCGAAAGCAAAGAUGAGGAAGGAUGCGUCUUGGUCUUCCCAAACUACAUCCGGUACGAAAUUGGAACGGAUGGGGCCAGAAUUCCAGAGUUUGUCCAGUAUUUGGCUGGACAUCGUGAAGGCACCGGUGUCUCCAGCAGUAGCUGCGUACCUGACAUAGAAGACCCUUUCGUUUUUGUGUGCGCGCACGCGAAGCGGGAUGCAAGAUGUGGAUUUUGCGGACCCAGACUGUUGCAGUCAGCAGUGCAGUUGGCCCAGACGACCAGAAUAACCACAAUGCAAAUCCGAAAAUGUUCUCACAUUGGGGGCCACAAGUACGCCGGAAACGUCAUUGUUUAUGGCGGUAAGGCUGAAGCUGAGGAUGGGCAUUGGUAUGGAUACGCUACCCCGGGCAAUUUGUUUGCCAUUUUGACAGGCCGCGCAGUUCGGUCAAGACUUUGGCGCGGUCGGCUCGGAAUUUCUGAAUCAGCAGCCAUCGCCGAACGCAAGCGGCAGGCUUUGCUUGAUGUCCUGCCGUUCGGAUUGGUGGUCAUUCUGAUUGGCAUUGGGUCCUACGCCUGGCUUCGCAGGCGGAGAAGCUCGCAUGACUGA